GGCGUGUGCAGAAUUGCUGCUGGGAGGAACAACCAAAACACAGGAAAAAAGCCUGCAGUCUUGCUACACCAUGGUGCUUUAGGAGAUGCUACCCAAUGGAUUUCUAACCUGCCCAACAACAGCCUAGGCUUCAUCCUUGCAGAUGCCGGCUAUGACGUCUGGAUGGGAAACAGCCGAGGAAACACCUGGUCUUUAAAACACAAGACCUUUAAGCCCUGCCAGAAAGAGUUCUGGCAGUUCAGCUUUGAUGAAAUGGGUAAAUACGAUAUUCCAGCAGAGUUGUACUUCAUCAUGAAUAAAACUGGACAGAAGGAUGUAUACUAUGUUGGUCACUCUGAAGGCACAACAACAGGCUUUGUAGCAUUUUCUACUUAUCCUGAGUUGGCUCAAAGGGUUAAAGUGUUCUUCGCUUUGGCACCAGCAGCCACAACCACACAUGGUACCAGUCCGCUGAUAACAUUGACACGUCUUCCCCAACCACUGAUCAGGUUACUACUGGGCUGCAAAGGAACUUUGCACCAGAAUGAACUGCUGAAAGGGCCUCUAACGUGGAUCUGCAGAUCUCUGAGAAAAGUUUGUUGCGCUGCCCUCAGCUACCUAACUGGGGACCGCACACAAAGUCUGAACGUGAGCCGAAUAGACACAUACGUGGGACAUUCGCCUGCUGGAACAUCAGUACAGAACAUUAUUCAUUGGCAUCAGGUAUAACUGCAUGCUGACAUAGAAACAGACUCUUACUACUGCUUUUUGGGUCACCUCCCUUUUUUACAGUCUGCUCCUCCUGCGUACAACAUAGAGAAGAUAAGCACACCAAUUGCUGUUUGGAGCGGUGGACGUGACAAAUUUGCAGAUCCAAAAGACAUGGCAAAGCUACUUCCUCGGAUUACUAAUCUCGUUUACCAUGAGCAUUUUCCUACUUGGGGACAUCUUGAUUUCAUCUGGGGCAUUGAUGCAACUGAGAAAAUGUAUUGGAAAAUCAUUGAAAUAAUGAGGAAACACCCUUAA